AUGGCCCAUUUGUCAGUUGGGCGGCCCAUCACACCGUGGGCUACUCGCCGACCCUUACAUUUGACAUGCAUAACAAGUUUACAUGUCACGCAAACUCCAUUGACGAAGACGACGCACAGAGACAGUGAGUUUCUGAGCGUGGAAAUCACAGACGGUUGGUCAUCUACGACACAUUCAAAUCUAUCAGGAACCUCCGUUUCUGCUCAUAGCGGUGAGGAUGUUGACUCUGGCGUGGAAGAGAUUGAUGACGGAUUUCAAGAGGUUACAGCCAGAUCCUCCCGCUGGCACUAGUGGCCGCGCCCUAUAACUAUGACAAUAAUAUAAUGCUUUGAAACGUAGUUAUUUUCGGAUAUGUCACAGAAUUUCGUAUGUGUGUUACUGUUUGCUAUGUGAGCCAUUGAGGUUUCUCGAGUUCCACUGACUUUGAUACUGGUUUCUUUUGCUGUCCGGAUGACA